AUGGGAAACGAUAAUGGGCGGGGAAGAGACCUUGCAGUGCUAACCAAUGCGAGGGGUUCGGCUGAACCACUAGCCAAAUCCGCUCCGUCCUGUCAGAUGGUGUCCUCGCACGUAUUCGCGCAUCCGCGCCGAGGUCCGCCUAGUCUGCAACAGCACCCCAGCUUGAAGUUCAAGAUAAGCGUUGGUACAGGAACGAAAGAGAAGACUAGUUCUUCCUAUUUCGCGCCGCUCUUCCCGCCAAACGGAACACACCAUAAAGAUACUCGACAGGACACACUGGAUCUUUCAUAUCUCCUUCUUUCGUGGUCCAGGCCAGAAUGCAGUGUAUGGAGCCCAGACCGCUCAAAGAUACUGUUGAGGAUGAAUGGCGACGGAAAUACGCACCAAGUACCAAGGACCAAGUAUCAGAGAACAGAAAUAUUCAACUUCAAAGUAUGA